AUGCGUCGCUCAUUACUUUAUUACAUAUUUCGUAUUCUCCUCAGCAAACUCGGGCCUUGUAAAAUGCGCCAAAUUCUAUGGAAAACUCGUAAAAUACGCGUGUAUCAAAGCUGUUCGGAAAAGCAAGGAACGGUAGUCGUGCAUCCUUUGAAUUCACUUGUUCAAGGACUCCUACAAGAUCAAAUCGUUGAAGUUUCAGUUACUUUUCAAACAUGGCAGAACAUUACCAUGCAAACGACGCGUCUGAUGCGACUGAGUUUGUCAUCGUCACUUCCAGUUGAUGUGGUGGAGAUAGGACGGAACGACGCCUACAAUAUGUUUGGACGUGAACCCGGGCAUGACUUCGUUGUGGACGGUUUGAAAUCCUACAAUUUAUUCACGAAAAUUGAGAAAGUGCUGACUACUGCUGACUCUGUUAGACUUGCACUCAUUAAGCAGUUCGGUUCAGAACAGAAAAAGGACUUUUCUGAAGAGCUGGAACAACUCUUCACAGUUCCACAUUGCGUAAGAGACUGUGAUCUAAGCUGUGCGGUAAAGAUGACGGUUGGAUCCAAGGUGCAAGCAUGGCGAACUGCAUCGAUAGGAGUCUACAAUGGCGACAUUCUCUGUGUUCCUGUACGCAAUAUAUUCACAAAGAAGACAUCUCGUUAUUAUUUUCAGAUAAAAUGCGAUGAUUCGCCCUGUAUUCUUGAUGCUACCUCGUCCUUCUACCAGAUCUCCUCCAUCAAUGCGCACUUGCCAUAUUCAGCUCGAGAGCCGUUGUUUGAACUUCCAUCAGUGAUUUAUUCUGUCGUUGAAAAAAUGCGAAAUAGAAGCAUUGCUUAUGCCGCUGUCGAAGAAACCCCACUUGUGAUGCUUCUGCACGGUGCCGCUGGAAGCGGUAAACGUUUGGCAUGCACUCAAUUGGCCAUAGAAACCCAUUGUAAUCUGAUUGAGAAAAGCUGCUACGAAAUUUGGAACCAGGUAGUCGCAAAAUCGGAGGAAAAACUGAACAACGUCUUUGAGACAGCGAUAUCAUAUGAACCGUGCAUUCUCUACCUUACAUCGAUUGAUGUGUACGGCUACGAUGUGGAGACCAAUAAAGCUGACGUGCGACUAACAGCAGCGCUACGCAAAUGGCUUGAGAAACCAGCAAAAGUAACUGUGGUGUUUUCGUGUAAUUCCGACAAGGUGUUCAGCUUAUCCUCUUCCAUUCAAUCGUUGGCUCUGUAUGAUUUUAUGAUAACACACCUUGAUGAGGACGCACGUCGGCAUUUCUUGUCCCCUCGACUUCCACCAGAUUUGGCGCACUACGCGGCGAGAAAUACAGCGGGAUUUUCCAUAGCGGAACUCGUCUAUCUACUCAGAGACAUUCACUAUCACGUGACGACAGAGGAGAUAGAAAAAUUGGAACUAGCUCACGUAGAGUGGGCGAUUGAUAAACGGAACGCUAACUUUGCUGAUGUAAUUGGUGCUCCGAAGAUCCCCACAGUAUCUUGGGACGACGUUGGAGGACUUGAAGAGACUAAACGCCUUGUUAUUGAAAGCAUAGAGAUGAACCUUCACGGUAGUGGCCUGCGCAGAUCAGGAAUUAUUUUCUUCGGACCUCCUGGCUGUGGGAAGACGCUGCUCGCCAAAGCCGUUGCAACCGAAUUUAAAAUAGCUUUUCUGAGUGUGAAAGGACCUGAAUUGCUGAACAAGUACGUCGGUCAGAGCGAGGAGAAUUUGCGAAAAGUCUUCGAAAGGGCUCGACAAGCGUCGCCAUGUGUGAUAUUUUUCGAUGAACUGGACUCCCUUGCUCCGUGUCGCGGUCGCAGUAAUGACGCAGGAGGAGUUACAGACAGGAUUGUGGCACAGUUGGUGGGAGAACUGGACAGCUUGCAUCUAUCUCCUCAUAUCAAAGUGUUUGUACUUGGUGCCACAAAUCGACCAGAUCUCCUAGAUCCAGCGCUGCUGACUUCAGGAAGGUUUGAUAAAGUGAUCCACGUGAAACCCGCAACAGACGUCGAAUCAAAGUUAAGGAUAUUGCAAGCUGUUACUAGGAAAGCACACUUGGAUGAUGAUGUUGACUUGCGUGAAGUGGCAAGUCUCUGUGACGAGCAAAUGACUGGAGCUGAAAUGUAUGGUCUUGUUUCUGCCGCUGUAAUGGAAGCAAUACGGGAACAGAUACAUCUCAUCGAAGCCGGACAGAUUUUGGAAUCAGACGUGAAGGGAAUUAUUUCGCGUGCUCACUUUCUUGCUGCACUUCAGAAGAAAAAGAAAGAAAAACGGAUUAACACAACUCCAUAUUUUGCUGAAUAA